ACACUGUUGUUGUGAAGACGUUUUUGUUUUAGUUUUGUUUGUUUGUUUUUGUAAUAAAACACACUCAUGUUUAUCGUCAACAGCGUUUCCUAGACGUUUACGUCACAUAUCGCGUCACGUUUUAGUGGAAGCACGAGGGGAUUUCAGUGGAUUUCUCCGCGUGGAUCAAGCUGUGGGAUAUCUGCUGUGCCUGACAUGUGUCCGUGACUGCAGGGGACGAGGCCGUAAAUGGUGUCUGGGAUCCAAGUCGGUUUAGAGCGUUUCGUUUCCUGGUCAUGGAAGGUCCAGAACCGGUUACCGAUUAUUUAAGGGAAGUGAACGGACACUUGAAUGAACUUCAGAGCUCCGGUGAAGGAUGCUCUCCUUGCCGUAAGAGCACCCGUUGUUUGAUCCCGCCGGUGUACUGGAAUGAGCUGCUACAGCUUGUUAAACUGGCAGGACCGGUGCUCAUUUCUCAGCUGAUGGUCUACAUGAUCAGUACAGUCAGUAUGGUGUUCUGUGGUCACAUGGGGAGAACUGAGCUUGCAGGAGUGUCACUAGCAGCUGCGGUGGUUAACGUCAGUGGUAUUUCUGUUGGCACUGGUUUAUCAGCAACUUGUGAUACCCUGAUAUCUCAGACGUAUGGGAGCGGUAACUUGAAGCGAGUCGGUGUGAUUCUCCAGAGGGGAGUUCUGAUUCUGCUGCUGGCCUGUUUCCCCUGCUGGGCCGUCCUCAUCAACACUGAGCCCCUCUUACUCGCAGUCGAACAGAGUCCGGAGGUCGCCAGUCUCGCCCAGAUGUAUGUGAAAAUCUUCAUGCCUGCUCUCCCGGCUGCUUUUAUGUACCAACUGCUUGGAAAGUAUCUACAAAAUCAGGGAAUUAUGUGGCCUCAGGUUAUAACUGGAGCAAUUGGAAAUGUCUUCAAUGUUGUCAUCAACUACGUCUUCCUCUAUCCCCUGGAGCUGGGUGUUGCUGGAUCUGCAGCAGCCAAUGCCAUGUCGCAGUAUUUGCUGGCUUUGUUCCUAUGUGCUUACAUCUGCUGGAAGGGUCUACACAAAGCCACAUGGGGAGGUUGGACGCUUGACUGUCUGCAAGAGUGGGGUCUCUUCAUCAAGCUGGCUAUUCCCAGUAUGCUCAUGAUUUGCUUGUCCUGGUGGAUAUUUGAAAUCGGAGGAUUCCUGGCUGGUGUGAUAAGUGAGGUUGAGCUGGGAGCUCAGUCCAUAGCAUACCAACUCUGCAUUGUAGCUUAUAUGAGCCCACUGGGAUUCUCUGUUGCUGCCAGUGUGAGAGUUGGAAAUGCUCUUGGUGCAGGAAAUCCAAAGCAGGCCGUGCUAUCGUGCAAAGUCUCUAUCAUCUGUGCAUUGGCAGUUGCCUGUUUGGUUGGGGCUUUCAUCAUCUCUACCAAGAACGUCAUUGGCUACAUUUUCACCUCCGAGCAAGACAUCAUUCAGAGGGUUGCUGAUGUCAUGCUUAUAUUUGGAUUCAUGCACAUCUGUGAUGCCAUUGCGGGCGUGGCUGCAGGUGUUCUUAGAGGUGUGGGGAAACAGCUGAUUGGUGCUUUGUGUAAUUUUGUUGCAUUCUACUUCAUUGGCUUCCCCAUUGGCGUGUCCCUGAUGUUCGCAGCAAACAUGGGGAUUGUAGGACUUUGGACAGGACUUGUCAUUUGCCUCUUACUUCAGAUGAUAUUUUACGUCACUUUUUUGUGCAAACUUAAUUGGAAAAAGGCUUCAGAAGAUGCUCUUGUGAGAGCAGGGGUUCACAUCACAAAGGAAAAUGCAACAGCUGAGCUGGAACACUCAGAUUCACAUCAGAGUCAGGCCCAGGUCAGUGGAGCUGAGUCUGCGUGUUUGAGUGCUGAGGGAGGAAACACAGACCCAACUGUAGCCAGUUCAGGCAGUAGAGCCUUCACCACCACCACCACCACAGUGGGAGAUGUUCUGUCUGUACCACAGUUGGCUGUAUGGCGUGGUUUGGCAUUAAUAAUCAUGAUCAUCAUCCUUCUUGCUGGAAUAAUCAUCAGUCACUUUCUAAUGAAGCUGUUAAAAUGACGGAUUUUUGAGUGUCAUAGGGCUGCUCAACAGCUUGACCAUACUGAGAAUCUACUCCAGUCUUCAGCUCUGUGCAGCUUCCAGAAACUCUUUGAUUUCCUGGUCUGCAGCCCUCUCAUAUUUUCUUUACUGCACACCAAAAGAGCGGAUGCUAACGUCAGGCUAAAUUCACAUUCAAAAUUUCUUGUAUCAGGUAUCAAAACCCAAAGACUGUAUACAAAUGAUGGAUGAUGCUUUCAGGUCUGAAAUGUACCUAAAGUGUCUUACGUGUGCAUUCUCUAUAACAGACAGCAGCAAGCAAUUCUUCUGCUUGUUCUGCUUGCCCCAGUAAACAUUUUCUCACCUGUGGCUCUGUCACAGGUGUUACAUCUUAUUAAAUACAACAUCAUGUUCACUUAGGAAAUUAUGGUCCCAUUAGCAUCACAAAGGAAAAAGGCAGUUAUGCACUUCACUGUAUGAGUAUACAGUCUCACUUGGUUUCUUAGUGAGUCACCACUCAGUCCUUCUGUCAGUUUUCAAAACACGAAGAUUGCAAAGGCUAAAAUGCUAAGCUCUGAGUAACUUGUUUACUAUCCAACAAGGGGCAUCCAGCAUCCAAUUUUAGUAUGCAGUCUAUGAGGAAAUCUGCUUCAGGAAGGGGGGUGUGUGUGUGUGUGUGUGUGUGUGUGUGUGUGUGUGUGUGUGUGUGUGUGUGUGUGUGUGUGUGUUUUACUAUUAAGGGUCCAAAUGAGGACUUAAUUGUAAGCAAAUGGAAAAUGUAUAUUUUCUGGGUGGAAACAAGGAACUUAAACGUCCACCAGUAACAUUUUAUGCCAGCAUUUUUCACGAGAACAAACAUUUCACUGCACAAUGUCUUCUUAUAUCUUCCUUUUGCUUCAAAAGACCAUACUAUGGACUUUUUUUUUUUAAAUAGAUGUAUCAGAGAGAUCUUUAUUUUCAUGAUCGGUUUAGGCUUUAAACGAAUAGAUGAAGGUCUGUUUAGUCAGUGUUGAGACUUUGCUGAACAAAUACAUUUUUGAGUCAUCUGCCAUUCUUUUCUAUUUCUGUUGUUUUGAUGUUUUUGAGUUCCUUCUGUUGGAAAUCUGAAAAUAAAGAGUUUACUGUUUAAUAGUGAAGCAUUAAACAAUCACAAACUUGUAGUCAUACUGGGCGGCUUUUAAGUGUGAGAGUGUAUGAAUAAAUAACUCCUGAACAAAAAGAGGCUUUUCAUGAAGCAAGCUUCAAAAAGUUGGCUUAUGUAGGGAAAUUCCACAUUAACAGCAGCUCCAUAAAACCCAUUUAGAAAUGACUGUAGGUCAUCAGUCUCAUCUCUGGGACAAACAGAGGUCUCAUCAAUUCACAAUAAAGAAACCUGAUCCUGUUGAUCAGCAGCAAUGAGCUCAGCCACCCGUGGAAAUGACUUCUGUCCCACUCAACCCCCCUCUUGGUUCAGUCAUUUUCGCCAGUUUCCAGAUCAUCUGUCAUGAAUGACCGUGUUCCCUUUCUGCAUAAUCACUGUUAAAAAGUAACUUGUUGCACAGACUGUCACGUAGUCAGGCCCAGACACAUUCUGUAUGAUUUGCAUUUUGAGCCCUGUUUCAUAACUAUGACCAUUUGUUGGAAAUGUCAUUUAAACAUAUACCAUGCAGUGAAAAAUUUCCCCCUUCCUGAGAUCUUUUUCUUUUAAUUUUUGCAUAUGUAAAAGGUUUAGGACUAUCAAACAAAUUUUAAUAUUGACAGAGCUCAUCCAAGUACAAACUACAGUUUUUAGAAGAUCUUAUUUAUUAAGGUGAAAAACAACUUUCCAAAUAUACAUGGUCCUAUGUCAAAAAGCGACUUUCCCCCUUUGCUAAAUCAUGAAUUAAGUGUGACUAACUGCAUUUUUUUUUUUUU